AUGCAACUGACUCGCUGCUGCUUCGUGUUCCUGGUACAGGGCAGCCUCUAUCUGGUCAUCUGUGGCCAGGAUGACGGUCCCCCCGGCUCAGAGGACUCUGAGCAUGAUGACCAUGAGGGCCAGCCCCGGCCCCGGGUGCCUCGGAAGCGGGGCCACAUCUCACCUAAGUCCCGCCCCAUGGCCAAUUCCACUCUCCUAGGGCUGCUGGCUCCACCUGGGGAGGCUUGGGGGGUCCUUGGGCAGCCCCCCAACCGCCCAAACCACAGCCCCUCACCCUCAGCCAAGGUGAAGAAAAUCUUUGGCUGGGGUGACUUCUACUCUAACAUCAAGACGGUGGCCCUGAACCUGCUCGUCACAGGGAAGAUUGUGGACCAUGGCAAUGGGACCUUCAGAGUCCACUUCCGACACAAUGCCACAGGCCAGGGCAACAUCUCCAUCAGCCUCGUGCCCCCCAGUAAAGCUGUAGAGUUCCACCAGGAACAGCAGAUCUUCAUCGAAGCCAAGGCCUCCAAAAUCUUCAACUGCCGGAUGGAGUGGGAGAAGGUAGAACGGGGCCGCCGGACCUCGCUCUGCACCCACGACCCAGCCAAGAUCUGCUCCCGAGACCACGCUCAGAGCUCAGCCAUCUGGAGCUGCUCCCAGCCCUUCAAAGUCGUCUGCGUCUACAUCGCCUUCUACAGCACAGACUAUCGGCUGGUCCAGAAGGUGUGCCCAGAUUACAACUACCAUAGCGAUACCCCCUACUACCCUUCUGGGUGACCCUGGGCAGGCCACGGAGGCCAGGCCAGGGCUGGAAGGACAGGGCUG